CGGUAGGUUCAGAAAGGAGGUGGGGCUAGGGUACUGAGCGGUUCUUUCACCCUUCACCUCUUAUUACGUAACAAGUUUAACCAACGUGUGUUUGCUAGCUAGCUAGCUAUCAACAUACUGGAAAAUUGUUCUAAGUGAAUUUAGUACAAUUUAGAUAAAGAAUGCAGAUAUGCAAUGUGUGCAGUGGAGACACACCCAAAUAUCGAUGCCCGGCCUGUAGAAUCAGAUAUUGUUCCCUCAGUUGCUACAAAACACACAAGGCCAAUGAUACCUGCCAACCCCUAAAACAAUCAGUGCCUCCUGCUCAAGAACUAAAUGCACCUUACAGCAAUGCAGCGGAACCCUGGACUGUUGAGGAUCUUCUUGAUGAAGAUGACCACACAGAUAAAGUUCCUCUUCAGAGGCUCCAGCAAUUAGGCAAGUCAGAGGAGCUGAGGCAGCUGCUCGGGAACCCCCAUCUCCGUCAGCUGAUAAGCAGUGUGGAUGCUGCGGAAGACAAGGCAGACGCCAUGAAAAAUGCCAUGCAGGAGCCUUUGUUUGUUGAGCUGUCAGAUCGAUGCCUGCAGGUUGUCGAGAACAACAAGUGAACUGUAACAAAUUGUCCACAUCCGAGCUGAGCGAAAGCAGAUUAAUGACCCACAUUGAGUCAAUGUUUUUUUUUACAUAAUAAAAUUCAGAAACUA